AUGGCGCUCGCCCUCGCCCUCGUCGCCGCGCUCGGGCUCGGACGGUCCAUCGCGCGUCGGGAGACGCCGGGAGACGUCGCGCGAGGCCGUGACGGGGUGGACGACGCCGCGGACGCCCUCGUUUUAGCGCUCGGGGUGUCGGAAUUCGCACGCGAGCGCGACGACGCGGGCGACGACGGCGCGCGACGCGCUCGAACGGACGCGACGUGGGACCCGAGACGUCGGGCGUGGGUCCCGGACGCGCCCGCGAGCGCGUCGGGGGAGAGGGAUGGGGACGCGACGAAGAGGGCGGGAGACGCGCGGGAUUUCGAGGGCGACGCGGCGACGGCGCGCGCGUCCGCCGCGGCGCAGUGUCGAUUCUGUUUUGAAGAGAGCGGUGAUUUGGUGAGUCCGUGCGCGUGCUCGGGAACGGCGGCGUACGUGCACGUGGGGUGCUUGCGGCGGUGGCAGCGGGUGUCGUUGCAGACGCACGGGUGCGAGGAGUACGCGUGUCGCGUGUGCGGGGAGACGUUUUCGUUGCCAAAGGCGCCGCUGCCGCAGAGAAUCGCGCAGUGGUUCUCGCCGCGCGCGGAUGAUCGCGUGUCGCAGUACGGGAAGGUUUGGUUACAGAUGAUGAUCAACACCGCGCUUCCGGGGGCCGACACCGAGGCGUUGGCGAGACCGGGACAGGUGGCGAGACUGUUAUCGGCGGCGGAGGCGCGCAUCUGGGCGAAACGAGAGAUUCGCAAGGGAAACGCCCUCCUUCGCUCCCUGUCGAGACUGUUGAUCGCGUGCGAGUGGACGCACGGCACGCUGGUUCUGCUCUACGCCGCGACGGGGAUGGGCGGAAUCGGUCUGGACAUCGUCUCGCACGCCGCCAUCGCGAUGGCGACCGAGCAGGCGCCGGGAGCUAAUUUGAUCCCGCUCAGAGCGAUGAGUCACGCGUUGAUCGGCGUCUGCAACGGCCCGCUCGAGUCUCUCGUGAGAUUGACCCAGCCUCUCCAUCGCUUGGUACACUUUUUCACGCUCUAUCCGAGCUUCUCGCUCGCGUACGGCGCUCCCGAGAACCGAGAGCGCAGACGCGGUCGUCGACCGCGCGUCCACUUCGACUUCUCCGUCGGCGCCCACGUCCCGCUCGGUUAG